AUGGAAGGAAUAAGGUACCUAUCAUGCAAUAAAAUUUUGCAUAAAAGAACAGGGUCUACAAAAACGCUUAUAAAUUCAUUAAGAAAAAGAUAUGUGCAUAAUAAUUUUAAAAAGAAAACUUGUGAACAAGUAUUAAAUACUGUAAAUAAAUUGCAUAAUGAAAAGCGAUAUUUUAAUUUUUCUUGUUCUUUUACAAAAUCCAGUAGAUGGAAUAUUUGUAUGAAUAGACAUAACAGUCGUUUUUUUUCUAGCAAUGAAUCUAAUAAGAAUUUAUAUCUUGAAAAUUAUGCUAAUAUUAGAAAACAUAUCAAUAGUAUAGAUAAUGAAGAAUCUGUUAUUAUGAAUAUUUUGAAAGAAAAGACAUAUGAAUGUAUUCAGAAAACAAGAGAACAGUUAAAAGAAAUUAUACAUACAUAUCCCAAUACACCUAUAUCUAUAUGUACACCUAAUAAUGUAAUAGGUGGAUUAAGAAAUACCAUAACCCUAAUUACAGAUACAUCCAUUUUAGAAAAAAAAAAAGGAAUAUUAUUUAGAGGUAAGCCUGUAGAAAAAAUAUUAAAAGAAUUUCCAAAAUGGGAUAAUACUUGUGAAUAUCCUAUGGCUGAAGCAAUGCUUUGGUUUUUAUUAACAAAAGAAGUACCAGCUGUAGAUGACUUAAAACUUUUGUCAAGAGAAUUAUAUUGCAGAGCUAAAAAAAUUCCACAGUUUGUUUUUGAUUUUAUAGAUAACAUUCCACCAUUUACUCAUCCAAUGAGUCAAUUAGUAUCUACUGUUUCAUUUUUAGAAUCUUUAUCCUUAUUUAAAUAUAAAUAUUCAGAAGGCAUAUUAAAAACAGAUUACUGGAAAUAUAUUUUAGAAGAUGCGAUUUCUUUAAUAUCUCAAAUUCAAGUUAUUGGUGCGUAUAUUUUUAAAAGAACAUUUAUAAAUAAUGAUAUAAGAAAAGGAGAAGGUAUGAAUUUAGAUCUUGAUCUUGAUUGGUCAGCUAAUUUUGCCAAAUUAAUAGGUUAUGAAAAUAAAGAAGUACAAGAUUUACUAAGACUUUAUUUCUUACUACACAGUGAUCAUGAGGGUGGAAAUGCAAGUGCACAUGUAUCACAUUUAAUUGGUAGUACCUUAGGAAAUCCAUAUUUGUCCUAUUCUGGUUGUGUUAUGGCAUUAUCUGGACCUUUACAUGGACUAGCCAAUCAAGAAUGUCUCAAGUUUUUAUUGGAUAUUAAAAAACAGUUAGGUGAUAACCAACUUACCUAUGAAUUUGUUGAAAAAUAUGCUAAAAAUCUUUUGAAAUCUGGAAGAGUUAUACCUGGAUAUGGUCAUGCAGUUUUAAGAGUUCCUGAUCCUCGUUUCUUAGCCCUUAGAAGUUUUGCAUUAUCACACUUUCCAGAUGACCCAAUAAUACAAAUACUUGAAAUGUGUUACAAAGUUAUACCAGGUAUUUUAUCAGCAAGUGGAAAAGUUAAAAAUCCAUAUCCUAAUGUAGAUUGUUCUAGUGGAUCAGUAUUACAUCAUUAUGGUAUAAAAUAUCCUGAAUAUUAUACUGUACUUUUUGCCCUUUCUAGAUCCAUUGGUGUAAUGUCUCAGUUGGUUUUAUCUAGAGGAUUAAUGUAUCCCUUAGAAAGACCCAAAUCUGUAGACAUUUAUAAUUUAAGGAAAAUUUGUGAGAAGAAUUAUGUAAAAAUUGAAGAAUAUGAAUAA